CAUUACAAACAUGUUGCCCACGUUUUCUUAUUUUACAGAAUGAAUAACACACAUAAAAAUCUAUCCAUCCAAAAUUGAAACUAACCAAAACUAGAAUCUAACAUUAUCAAACAUGAGGAUGUCCAAGAAGAAUUGGUUUGGCAGUGUCCGUAAUAAACUAUUCAGGUCAUCUCCUCCACAUAAAACUAUCAUUGUUCUUCAUAACAACACCAUUACAACUAGGACAAGCAGUGCAAAUGGGCAAUCUACAAAGCACAAUGGCCGCACUUAUUUUCUAUCUAAAGAGGAUAUGGCUGCUAUUACUAUCCAAUCUCACUUUAGGGGUCAUCUUGCGAGACGGGCGUUUAAGGCAUUGAAAAGUCUUGUGAGGCUUCAAGCAGUUGUACGUGGGGCAUGUGUGAGAAGACAAGCUAGAAUAGCUCUCCAUUGCAUGCACGCCCUUGCACGCCUGCAAGUAACUGUCCGAGCUCGCCAACUUCUCAGCAAGUGCGACAAUCGUCGAUAAUCAUAUACUAUCUUCUUCAGUAUCUCCCUCCAUCUCGUGGCGUACACAGGAUUUUGAGCUUAUUAUAACAGUUCGGCUAAUAUAUGGAUUUGAGUCCGGAAUUGUGGGGAGUUUAACCUUAGUACUCCCUCCAUCUUAAGGACAUUACGUUUUUUUGCUUCUCUAUAAACAAAAAUAUAUAUGCAGAUUACAGUUCUCUUGUAAAUAUACUUUUCAAGAUUCCAGGAUAUGAAAGUUUGAGACUUUGUGGUGUA